GUCCAAGGUGGCAGUGCUCAAAAUAGUACAUGGUACCUACAUCUUAUCUUAUCGGUAGACAUCACGUGGUGAUGCCAAGCACCGGCCCUGUCUCUCUCCUGACUCCCUCUUCACUUCUCAAAUAACCAUUCAUACUCGAUAAAUUGUCGACUCACUCCUUUAUACACUUUUGAAUGGACAUGUCCGACCCAUUGCUCAUACCCUGACCGCAGAUAACACAUUCAACUCCAUUCUACGCAAAUCAUCGCUAGUUCUUGAGAAUACCGCUUUUCCUGCCGAAGUCCUCCUGGCCAAUUGCUGCAGCACGAGUCAGCAAAGACUAGCCUCUGUUCUCGUCCAAUCAAUUCGCUGAUAAUCAUGACCAUGGAUACUUCAACACAUUCUAUCGGCGCACGUCUUCUUGGGCAGCCUCGUUCAGCAUGGAGAGGACAAAUUCGAGAAGACGCAAGCCUGGCGGGCAUAACAUGAAUGAAGCGACGAAAGAUGAUUGUCAAGUACAAGAGAACCCAUCACCAUCACGCCCCUGCGAAAAUGCUGCAUUCACGCCCGCACCAUGGCAAGCCAGAUUGGCAUAUGUUGUUCUCAGCCUUUUAGUUCUCGGCUCGCUGGGCACAUACUUGCUGGGACAUUUCACAUCAUUCUCUCGGACAGUUGGAAACCACGCCAAAACACCAUUCGAGUCUCAGCACUCAACAGGUGACUACGACGGUCCAGAAGAUCUCCGUAUCAUACUCCAUCCGGAGGAUCAUGUCAACCGUCCCCCAAUGACCUUAGUCUAUGACUGGACAAUCACGAAAGGCUACAGAACCCCGGACGGCGUCCGUAAGUCUGUUUAUCUCAUUGAUGAUAAUUUCCCCGGCGAAACAAUCGAGGCUCGUUCUGGCGAUCGGCUGGUUGUCAAUGUCACCAACCAACUGAUCAAUGAAGGCCUUGCCAUGCACUGGCACGGUCUGAGGCUGAAGGGUGCCAAUGACAUGGACGGUGCAGUUGGAAUAACCCAGAACUCCAUACCAUCUGGCUCAAGCUUCUUGUACAACUUCACCAUUGGAGAAGAUGAACACGGUACCUUCUGGUAUCAUGGUCACGAAAAGACCCAGAGAGAUGAUGGCCUUUAUGGUGGCUUGGUUGUACAUCGCCCACGAGAGCAGUGCGUUGAGAGCAAGAUUUACGAUUAUGACCAAGAAAUACUACUCAUGGUAGGUGACUGGUACCAUCGACCAAGCACGGAUGUACUUGCUUGGUAUAUGAACUCCAGGUCAUUUGGCAACGAACCUGUUCCGGACUCCCUGGUUGUGAAUGGAAAGGGGAAUUAUGAUUGCGACAUGGCAGUGCCGGCACGCCCCGUCCACUGUACAGCACCUGAGCAAAGAGAGACUCUUCCCGAACUAUCACUCGUGAAUGGUAGACGCUAUCGCAUGCGUGUGGUUCACACAGGUUCCUUGACAGGAUUUACAAUGAGAAUCAGCAAUGCCACCCUGUUGCCUGUGCAGGUAGAUGGCGGGCACGAAAUCAUUACAGCAGAAGCGCAGAAAAUUGGUAUCAUAUACCCUGGCGAGCGUGCGGAUGCCAUAUUGCAGACUUAUCCCUCAGACGAUCGAGGCUUUCUUGAAAUCGAAAUGGAUGACGAGAACUUCAAGUAUCCGAAUCCUGCCCUUGAUCCACAACAGAACUUUCCAGUCAAGACGACGUCAAAGGGCGUUGGCGACCGGGAAGUUCCCCAAUCGAUCAUUGAGUACUAUAAUCUUCAGGCCGCUGUGUCAAAUUCCACCGGGCCGAUAUCAUGGCCGGAGGAAGCGUUGAGGUUUGUCGUGUACACAACAACAAUGAAAUUGGCAAGGUACUCCAACGUACCCAUGGGCUUCAUCAACCAUACCAGCUGGCAACCUCAGGCAUUACCGUCAGGACCAUUGAUCUCACUCUCCAGAGACCAAUACGAUCGAAACCAGCUCUCGCCUCACAUACCGUUGCUCGCGAAUGACUCAGAAAUCGAUGAUCCUUCAAAUGGUUGGGUCGAACUUGUCAUUAACAAUCUUGAUGAUGGAGGUCAUCCUUUUCAUCUCCAUGGCUAUUCAUUCUACGUUGUCUCUAUAUUCCCACAUCCCCGGGCAUGGACCAGCGAAAAGCCUCCAUUCACUCCCGGAGGCACCAGCCUAUACACAUACAAUCCGUUCAAAAGUGCACCGGAGAAUUCGCCUGCAGGGGAGUAUAAUCUACUGAAUCCGGUGAAGAGAGACGUUGUCUUCGUCCCAUCGAGAGGAUAUGCAGUCAUACGAUUUCAAGCUGACAACAAGGGCAUCUGGAUGAUGCACUGUCAUGUGGGGUGGCAUCUUGGAAGCGGAAUGGCCAUGAGUUGGGACGUUCGGUAGUGAAUUGACCGACAUUCCAAAAGAAACAUUGCACGUGAAAUGCGUCCGAAAUCCUCCUGAACCUGAUCCGCCGAAUUGUGGAC